AUGGGAUGCUGCGGGAGCACUGCGGCGACUCCUGCGCCGCAAGAGCACUUCUUCACUCAGUAUAAGCUGGGGAAGAAGCUCGGAGAAGGUGCCUUUGGACAGGUCCGCCUCGUGGUCGACAGGUCCACGCAAAAGGAGCUCGCGGUGAAGAUAGUGGAUGUUCGCGAACGUGAUGAACAUGGUGCUUGCAGCGGCGCCGUCAGCAAGAGCCGUGACCGAGUCACCCGAACAGAGGUUGACCUCUGGUCGAAGGCCAGUGGGACAGACUGUGAAUACAUCGUCAAGCUUUACAAGAGCUUUGCCGAGAAAUCCUUGUAUUACAUGGUCUGCGAGAAGUGUCAGUGCUCCUUCAUGGACAGACUCGUGGAGGCCGAGUCAAUGUCGGAAGCUGACCUGGCGAAGAUCUUUCGACACAUGCUUCUGGGGGUCUUCCACACCCACGAAGUCGGCAUCGUCCACAGGGACAUCAAGCCUGAUAACUUCCUUUGGGGCGGCCCAAACAACAGCGUCCUCAAACUUUGCGAUUACGGCCUGGCUGUGAUGAUGCCCAAGACCGGAAAGCUUAGCGGAGUGUUUGGCACGGCACCAUACAUGGCUCCAGAAAUGCUGCGGAACGAAGGCUACGACUUCUUGGCAGACGUCUGGUCCAUAGGCUCCGUGGCUUACCUCCUGGUCUUCGGAAGCUUUCCGUACUCGCCUUCUGAGGCGAGUGCACCGGCGAUGAAGAAGGCCAUUAUCGAGGAUCAUCCGCCUCUCCAUUUUCCUGCUCUGAGUGAUGCCCAGGGUGUCGUCUCCGGCUCAUUGGUGGGGGCGUUAGACUUCACGAAGAUGUUGCUGAAGCGAAGCGCCAAGCAGCGGCCAACAGCCGCAGAGGCGUUGCGGCACGAAUUCGUGGCCGAGAAGGUUGUAAAACUUCCUGAUGCCAACGAGUUCGACCCAUUGUUGCGUAAGAACGCCCACAAAGCCAGAUCACUCACGCAACAAAUGCGCCAAAAGCGAGAUUCGACGGUGCAGCACGGCAUCGACGAUCUCUUGAAGAAGCUCAUAAUAAAGAACGGAGGAGACAUUAGCAGUUCCAACAUCUUCUUCUCUGAGGGCGACGAAAAACUCGAUCAGGAAGAAGAGGAGCCCAGAAGCAUGGAACCUCGAAUGAAAAGGAGAAGCUCCAGACGUGAUGUAAAGCACUCCACGCACUCCGGGGUGAUAGACCAGUCUGGCAGCUUGAAGUUCGACAUGAGUCCUAACAGCGCGGUAGAUUCGCGAGCCUCGGGCAAGAGCGCCCCUGGCGAUGUUCCGGGCCUGUCGAAUCGAUGCUAA